UUUAUGUGAAAAAGAGAAGAAUGAACCACAAACGAUACACGUAGGUAGGCACGUCGCGACGCAAGUUGAUCCUCCUUGCAAGUUCAAAGCAAAAUACAAGUCCGCGAUGCCAUACGUACGACGACGCGAUGCCGGCGGGAAACACGUAUACGUACGUGUAAAGAGCUAGUGUCUGUUUUCCUUGUACCGUCGGGACUCGGUUGCCGAUUCGAAUCCGACUGGACUCGACUCGAUUGCCUCCGUCCGUCUCGGCGUACGUGUGGAUGCUGCAUGGGCCGACUCGGACCUGAAGCUGUCCAUGAGAGUACAUAUAAUAGGACAUCUAGCCACCUCCCUUCAAUCCAUCAAACCAAACCACAUCCAGCAGAUCGACACACACGGUACGACCAACCUCCAUCGAACAGCCGACGUGAUCGAGGUCGAUCGACAAGCUUAAGGUAGCCGGCAAGCCAGCCAACAUGGGCUGCAGCAUGAGCCGCCUCCUCAAGGCUACCGUCGCUCUGGUCAUACUCGUCCUUCUCUUCAUGCCCGGGGCCAUGGCAGCCGCCGCCGCAAGCUUCGACGCCUCGCGGGCACAGCAGCUGCCCCUGCCGCCCGGAGAAGUGCACGGGCCCGAGAGCGUCGCCUUCGACGCUCAGGGCCGAGGCCCCUACAGCGGCGUCUCCGACGGCCGCAUCUUGAGGUGGAACGGGCCCAAGCUCGGCUGGACGACAUACGCCUACGGACCAGGCUACGACAGCGAAACGUGCACCACAUCCAGGUUUGGCACCGAGGCGGACAUAGAGAGCCGCUGCGGCCGCCCGCUUGGCCUGCGCUUCAACGAGAAAACGGGCGACCUCUACGUGGCCGAUGCGUACAAAGGGCUUAUGCGUGUGCCGCCCGGCGGCGGGGAGGCCACCGUGUUGGUCGACCAGAUUGAUGGCAUGCCGCUGCGCUUCACCAACGGGGUUGACGUCGAUCAAGUCACCGGUCAAGUCUACUUCACCCACAGCUCGAUGAACUACGACAGGUCAGAACACGAGAUGGUCACCAAGACGGGGGACUCCACGGGCCGCCUUAUGAUGUAUGAUCCACGAACAUCGGAC